AUGGGUUCUGGAGAUGAAUGGCUGUGGCAAACCCAAACCACGCAUCGGUUACCGAGUUAUUGGAGAGUGGUGCCAGCUUUUCAGCGUUUUACAAUAUCAAAGAAUCAAGGGACAAUUUUUCCAUCAAAUGACUUUAAUCCUGGUCAAGAUGCAGAAACGUUGGUCUCAGCACUGCAAGGAAUGGAGUGCAACAAAGAUGACCUUAUUGAUGUGUUGACCCAGUGCUCAAAUGCACAAAGGCUGAUUAUUGGUCAGACCUACAAUGCUAUGUAUGGAAAGGAUCUGGUCACUGACCUUAAAGAGAAAUUGUCUGGACAUUUCAAAGAAGUAAUGGUAGGACUGAUGUACCCACCAGCUUUCUUUGAUGCUCAUGAACUGAGACAUGCCAUGAAGGGUGCAGGUACAGAUGAAAACUGUCUAAUUGAAAUACUUGCCUCAAGAACAAACAGUGAGAUCUAUGCAAUCAAUGAAGUCUACAUGAUGCAAUUCGGCAUACAACUUCAAGAGGAUAUUGAUUCAGAAACAUCUGGACACUUCAGGGAUGCCCUAACCCUGCUUGCACAGGGAACCAGGGAAGAAGGAUAUGGAUAUGAGGAUCAAGGCAUGGCUGCACAAGAUGCCACGGCACUUUGGGAAGCUUGCCAAGAUGAAACAGGGGAGCAUAAAAACAUCUUGCAAUAUAUUUUAUGUAAAAAGAGCUUUCAGCAGUUGUGGAUGGCUUUUCAACAGUUCCAACUAAUGUAUGGCAGGGAUAUUCAAGAAGCAAUAACCAACUGCUAUGAGGGACACUUUCAGCAAUUACUUGUUGCAAUUGUCCUUUGUGUUAGAGACAAGGCUUCCUAUUUUGCAUACAAGCUCUAUAGUGCAAUAUAUGACUAUGGCUUUCACAACAGAACAGUUAUAAGGAUCAUGAUUUCUAGAAGUGAAAUUGAUCUGAUGAAUAUCAAACAAAAUUACAAGACCAGCUACGGAAAUUCACUACGUCAUGAUAUCAAGAAAUAUGCAUCAGGACACUAUGAGGCAGCCCUCUUGGCAAUUUGCAUUGGUGAUGCUGAUGACUAUUAA